UCGGACCAGAACUGUCCCGGGCCGAACCCAGACUGUCAAAGCAGGACACAUCUGUCAUGCCAUUUUUGCUCCCUCUCUUACGCUGAGAAAGAGCAUGGCGCCUAAAUUGAUUUCCCGCCAUUCAAAAUAUCAUCCAUUUUCAAAUUCAAAUUGAGUUUUAAUAACAAUACUCGCUCGCGGGUCUCCAAAAGUGCUUCAUAUCAAUUGUCAAAUCUCACUUCAUUUUCUAACGCCCCUCUCUCUCUCUCUCUCUCUCUCUCCUAUUCUCAAAUUUUACUUCAUCUCCAACUCUCUGUUUCUCUCUACACUCCCUUCCCUGAUAUCACUUUCCUAGGGUUAGGGUUUUGACCCAAAUCACAUUUCUCAAUGGAUAGGAAAAAGGGAAACAUAUAUUUGCAGGCCUCUCUCACUGCAAUCUCCGCAAUGGUUGCAGAGACCGCCACUUUCCCUAUUGAUAUCACCAAAACCAGGCUCCAAUUAUACGGAGAGUCCAUUUCUGCUGCUUCUCGUGCUCAUGCAUUUCGAACCGCCAUUGAUAUAGUCAAGGGAGAAGGGUUGAUGGGUCUCUACAAGGGUUUGUCACCUGCUCUGAUUCGCCACCUUUUCUACACUCCUAUUCGAAUUGCGUGCUACGAAAAUUUAAGAAAUGCAGCUCCAGAAGGGAAUAAAGCUCUCAUUGGAGGGGUUUCUGGUAUUUUAGGUCAGAUUGUGGCAAGCCCAGCAGAUCUGAUUAAGGUAAGGUUACAAGCAGAUGGUCGGUUAGUGAAUCAGGGUCUCCAGCCUAGGUACAAGGGGACUAUGGAUGCCCUCAUCACCGUUGUGAGGAUCGAAGGUUUUUGGGGCCUCUGGAAAGGCGUUUUCCCCAAUGUUCAGAGAGCAUUUUUGGUGAACAUGGGGGAGUUGGCAAUCUAUGACCAUGCUAAACAACUCAUUCUUAGAAAGCAAAUUUGUGAUGAUAAUAUUUAUGCACAUACCCUCUCAUCUAUUAUGUCUGGUCUUUCUGCUACCACUCUGAGCUGUCCUGCUGACGUAGUGAAGACUAGAAUGAUGAACCAGUCUACUCACAGAGAAUGCACAGCAGUUUAUAGGAAUUCAUUUGAUUGUCUGAUGAAGACAGUGAAAAUAGAAGGCAUAUGGGCAUUGUGGAAGGGGUUCUUUCCUACAUGGGCAAGGCUUGGUCCUUGGCAGUUUAUGUUUUGGGUUUCUUAUGAAAAGCUCCGGAGUCUAGCAGGCCUUUCAUCAUUUUAGUGGAUUUUUUGUAACCUUUUACUGUAGCAGCAAAUUGUAAUCUCUACCCAGAUCAUAUUUAUUGCUAAAAGUUUAUGUCAGGCAAACAUUUUUGAAUUUUAUU